UCCCGAAAUAUACCGCUCGAACUGUCAAUGUUGUAUUCGUCACCAUACGGCCAUUUUACGGGUGACAGCUGAGAGCUGAGACUUUUUUUCUGUAGCAGAGAUUCUAAUAUUAUUUUUUGUGAUAUCAUCCCAAAAGCUCUUUGUGUCACAAUGGCAGACCGAAAGGCUGAAUUGGAAAGAAAAAAGGCCAAACUAGAAGAACUGAGGAAGGAAAAACAAAGAAGGCAACAAGAACGAGAAAGACAAGAGGUGGAAAACUCUCACCGCGUCCUUAGAGAAGGUGAUCAGAAUGUAACCAUGGAUGAACUUUUGAAGCGGGAGGGUUUAAAACCUGUGUCUGAUGUGCUCUCAACUUAUGUUCCAUCCACUCAAGAACCAAGUAAUCAGUCCACACCUGAUUCCAGCCUAGUCCAGUCACCAUUAAUGGCACGCAAGAGCAGGAAGAAACCCCAGUUAACCAAAGUGAGUGUCCAAACGACUGACAUUCCACCCAAAGAGAUUGUCACUUAUGCCAAGCAGACCCAAACAGUUGCGAGCCCAGAAAGAGGAGGAUACUAUCAUGAUUUAUGGAGAGCGCGGAAAGCCCACCAAGUCGACUAUUACGAUGAAUAUAACCUCAAUCCGGCUUUAGAGUGGGAUGAUGAGUUCCCAGUUCUGACCUAUGAUCGAACGGAAGAAGAUGAUAGUUCACUACCAAAUAUGGAUGGCAGCUAUGCUUCGCGUAACUCUGUUUUGCCACCUGGCAUACUUCCGCACGGAAUGCCACAAGUCAAAGAUGUAAAACCGGCCAUGACGUCGGUAGAGGAAGCAGCGUUCAAGCAGGAAUCUCAGCAACAAAUGAAACCCACUCGAGAACUGAGCGAAGAGGAGAAGCAAAUGAUUCUGAUGACGGAAGAGUUUCAACGAUUUUUCGGCCAGUCAUCUCGCAUUGUUGAACGGGCGCUCAGCGAACAGGUCGACAUAUUUAUGGACUAUACAGGAGCAUCAGAAACAGACAACAACAUUGACGACCGAUCUGGCUACAAGAUUCACUUGAACCGUUGCUUCUAUGACGAACGUUGGUCUCGCAACCGUUGCGUGACUUGCAUGGAUUGGUCACCUCAGUUUCCGGAGCUUCUGGUUGCAUCAUACCACAACAACGAAGAUUCACCGCAUGAUCCUGAUGGCGUCUGUCUCGUUUGGAAUACGCGCUUUAAGAAGUCCACACCCGAGUAUAUCUUUCAUUGUCAAUCUCCCGUUCUUUCAUGCUGCUUCGCACGAUUCCAUCCUAACCUAAUCUUGGGAGGUACCUAUUCCGGAAAAAUUGUUCUCUGGGAUAACCGCAGCCCGAAGAGGACACCUGUCCAGCGAAGUCCCCUCUCCGCCAUGGCCCACACGCAUCCAGUGUAUUGUUUGAGCGUUGUCGGAACGCAAAACUCUCACAGUUUGAUUUCGAUUUCUACCGACGGGAAAAUGUGCUCCUGGAGCCUCGACAUGCUGGCACAGCCUCAAGAAACACUGGACUUGCAACAGCGACAAAGCCGUGCAGUUGCGGCCACCUGUAUGGCCUUCCCACAGCCUCAAUCCGACAUCAACAACUUCAUUGUUGGUAGUGAGGAAGGCAUCAUUUAUUCGGCCGGUCGUCACGGGCCGCGUGCCGGCAUCAUUGAUACAUACGAGGGACACCAAGGACCAAUCCGUGGCAUGGAUUGUCACAACUCUCAAGGACCCAUCGAUUUUUCGCAUCUUUUCCUCACAUCUUCGGUUGAUUGGACUGUCAAGCUUUGGAGUCUUAAGGAAAACAAACCAUUGUAUUCGUUUGAAGAUAAUGGUGAUUAUGUUUAUGAUGUCGCUUGGUCUCCAAUCCACCCGGCUGUGUUUGCCACAGUUGACGGCAUGGGCCGUCUUGACGUGUGGAAUCUCAACCAGGACACCGAGGUACCAGUAACCAGUAUUAAUGUUGACGGAAAUCCCGCCCUCAAUCGUGUCAAGUGGACGCAGUCUGGCAUGAAUCUUACUGUUGGUGAUGACAAUGGAAGAAUUUGGGUUUACGAAGUUGGAGAGCAACUGGCUGUCCCAAGGGCCGAUGAAUGGACCCGAUUGGUUCACACUCUCCAAGAGUUGCAUCAGAAUCAGUUGGAUGAAGAUAUGGAAAAAUUAAAUUUUGGAGUAGGGAGCAGUCUCAGUAGCGGACCUGCCAGUGCUAGCCUCGGAAUAGGAAGCAGCAUUUCGCAGCUAGCUGGCACCACUUCCCCGCCGAGCAGCUUAGGGAGCUUGUCUUCCUCAUCUUCUGCCCCUCUACGCUAGUAAUAUACCUGCCAAUCGAGGCUUGUACACAUGUUAAUCCAAGUACCUCUACGAAGGAGGAAUCUGUUUUGCCGGCGGGCUUUUUCUCGCCGACCUUUUUUUUUUUGCUUUUGGAGUGCGAGAAUGCGCGGUGGGUACUUGAAAUUCUAUCCUAAAUUAAGUACUAAAUUACAAAAACCUUACCAACAAAGAAUUUUUGAUCAUUUA